AUGGAUUAUCAGAAUCGCGCAGGCUCCAAAUUCGGAGGCGGCGGCGUCGCAUCACAGUCGGCAACCAAUGCCGACCGACGAGAGCGUCUCCGAAAGCUCGCGCUUGAGACCAUCGACCUCGACAAGGACCCGUACUUCUUCAAGAACCACGUCGGAAGCUUCGAAUGUCGUCUCUGUUUGACAGUCCACCAGAACGAUGGCUCAUAUCUCGCGCAUACGCAAGGAAGGAAGCACCAGACAAACCUGGCACGUCGUGCGGCGAAAGAACAGAGAGAAGGCAAGAGGGACGACGUGGGCCAGCAAGGACUUCUGGCUGGUGUGCUGCCCAAGAAGAACAUUAUCAAGAUUGGCCGCCCUGGUUACCGUAUCACAAAAGUACGCGAUCCGAACACACGCCAGAAUGGGUUGCUUUUCCAGUUCCAGUUCCCGGACCUCACACCCGGCAUCACACCCAAGGUCCGCGUCAUGAGCGCCUACGAACAGAAGGUGGAAGAGCCGGAUCCAAACUACCAGUACUUGAUUGUUGCUGGAGAGCCCUAUGAAACAGUCGCGGUCAAGUUACAGUCGCGCGACAUCGAUAGAAGGGAGGGCAAGUUCUGGUUCUGGUUCGACGAGGAUGCCAAGGAAUUCUGGUGUCAGAUCCUCUUCAAGACUGAGCGUGACGAACGCUUCAGCGCAGUGCCAGGUCUCGCCCCUGGAAGGUAG